CCUGUGGCUAAGAAGUGUGAGAAGAAGCCCAACCUAUGGCCUUCCCUCCUAAGCUGGUGGUGGAGCAGUUGAUCGUGAUGGAUGCAGAGCUCUUCCGGAAGAUGGUGCCCUCUCAGUGCCUGGGCUCCACCUGGGGCAAGAGGAACAAGCCCAGCAAUGAGCACCUGGCACACACCGUCCGGGCCACCAUCGACCACUUCAGAAGGGUGGCCAGCCUCGUCGUCACCACCUGCCUCGGGGACCCGAGCAUGAUGGCCCAGGACAGGGUGAGGGUGGUGGAGCGCUGGAUCCAGGUGGCCCAGGUGUGCUGUGGGAGGCCCAGUGGAGCCCCUCUCUGGAGCCUUGGGAACUGCCUCCACCUUUAUCAGAUCCCAGGAUUGCAGUGUGUGGUCUAAGCCCCUGCAAGUCCC